GUGAUCUUAUUCUACCACAGGUAUUUCUCUAUCUCUAGUUCGUGGAAUUGAAGAUCUUCCUUGUUAAAAACAUUCACCAUGGCAACAAAUGACCACCUGUUAGUUGCUGCAUUGGAUUUCGGAACGACGUAUUCUGGGUAUGCAUUUUCCAUGCGACAUGAAUUCAAAACUGAUCCAUUGAAAAUACAUGCUAACCAGGCUUGGAAUUCCGGUGGCCGAGCCUUCCUAUCACUGAAAACGCCAACAUGCCUACUUCUAAAUGCUAAAAAGCAGUUCAUUGCUUUUGGGUAUGACGCAGAGAAUCAGUAUGCAGAUAUUGUGAUGGAUGACAAACAAGACGAAUAUUUCUAUUUUCAUCGAUUCAAAAUGAAUCUCCAUAACAACAAGAAUAUUUCUGCUGAAAUGGUUUUGGAAGACAUAUUGGGUAAGCCCGUCAGUGCAGUUGAUGUUUUUAGUCUUUCCAUUAAAGCUUUGGUAGAUCAUUUUAUGGACAGUGUAAAAAAACAGGGAACUGGUGUGAAAUUACAGGAAAUACAGUGGGUUUUAACAAUACCAGCAAUAUGGACGGAUUCUGCCAAACAGUUCAUGAGGGAAUGUGCUGAAAAGGCUGGCAUUCCAGCGGAAAAAUUGCUGCUUGCUCUUGAACCAGAAACCGCUAGUAUAUUCUGCCAGUACCUUCCGACUGAGAAAUUGCAUGGAGCAAACCAGACGUUUGCCAUGUCAGCAGAGGGAACAAAAUACAUGGUUGCUGACCUAGGAGGUGGUACAGCAGAUAUGACUGUUCAUGAGAAAACAAAAAAUGGACGUCUGAAGGAGCUUCACAGAGCUUCGGGCAAUGAUUGUGGUGGUACAUCAGUUGAUGGCAGAUUCUUCCAGAUGUUGGUGAAGAUACUAGGUGGACCAUUGAUGAAAAAGAUAAAAGAUGAAGAUCCAUCGGCCUAUCUGGAUCUUUUCCGAGAAUUUGAAGCUGUAAAAAGAACAAUAGAGACUGGAAAAACUGGAAAAGUAAACAUUGCUAUUCCUUAUGCAUCUCUUGAUACUCACUGUAUGGAAAUGUUGGGAGAUAGUAUUAAAGCUGUGAUUGCGUCAUGUCCGUUUUCAAAUCAAAUUUCGCUACGCGGAGACAAAAUGAGAAUUGAUGCAGACCUGAUGAUAAAAUUGUUUAAACCCACAAUUGAUAACAUACUUUCUCUCAUGUACGAAAUUCUCCAGGACAAAAAAGUAAGAAAUAUAACUCAGAUAUUGCUUGUAGGUGGUUUUUCUGAAUGUCGCUUAAUUCAAGAUGCUGUCGUAAAGAAAUUUGGGAAUAAGAAAGUAAUAAUCCCUGAGGAAGCUGGUCUUUCUGUUUUGAAAGGAGCUGUAUUAUUUGGACAUAAGCCAGACUAUGUCCAAUCACGUGUCAUGAGAUUCACAUAUGGAGUUAUGACAACUCAAAUAUUUGACCCGACGGAACACGAUGAGAAAUACCGUGAAGAAAUUUGCGGACAAAUGAGAUGCAAAAGACUUUUUGCCAAAUUUGUUGCCAAAAAUGAAGAGGUUGAGGCAGGUACAAAGAAAAGUCAAUGCUUCUUGACCGUUCAUGAAAUGCAAAAAUCAGUAGCAUUUGAAAUUUUUGUCUCGACAGACGAAUGCCCUGUGUAUACGGAUGAGGAUGGAUGUACAGAACUCUGCAAAAUGAAUUUAGACAUUCCUGACCCUACUAAAGACGAAAGAGCUGUAGAUGUUGAGUUUGUAUUUGGCAAUACAGAAAUUGGAAUACGAGCAACUGAUCGUAUUUCUGGAAACGAAAUUAAGACUAAGCUUAAUCUGAUCUAAUGCCUAUGGAGGUCGUUUAACAGUUUUUAUCACUCUUAGUAAUAUUUUCAAAGUGUGUUACAAAAUGUAGUGUGAAAUAUAGUUCUUUUAUUCACUUUAAAGGUUUAAAAAUCGCCGAUGUUUUGUUUUCAUACAUGUUAUUAGUAAUAAAAAUGAACAUAAUAUUCAGAAACAGUA